UUUACGUUCGUCACAACCAGAAGGGCAGAACCCAGCAGUCGGAGUUGAGAGUUGGAUACCGUUGAGCGCAUCACCCGUUUUGUCAUUCGCUGUAAACACCGGCAGACAUUUUUCAUUUUUUUGUAUCAACCCCCGAGGAAUAAAAAGAAUGAAUCCUAAGGAAGAACAAGAUCAAGGUGAAGCUUCGGAGGAGGACGUGACCGAGCUGGUUUGUCAGGAGGACGACCUCCGAGAUGGCCAGAUGAAAGUGGUCUCCGUGGCCGAGCAGAAAGUUCUGCUCGUCCGCACGGAGGGUCAGUACAGCGCGGUCGGAAGUCUCUGCUCUCAUUACAAUGCUCCGCUGGUGAAAGGAGCGCUGGUCGGCAAUCGAGUGAGGUGUCCCUUCCACGGCGCUUGUUUCAACAUUAAAACCGGAGAUAUUGAGGAGUAUCCAGGCCUGGACUCGCUGCCUUGCCACAGGGUGAACGUUGUGGAUGGAAAGGUGUUCGUUUCCAUCAAGAAGAAGACUCUGAAGCAGACCAGACGGGUAAAGGAAAUGUGUAGUGUUUUGCCCAACAUCGCGCAUACCGUCCUGCUCAUAGGAGGAGGCCCCGCCGCUUUGGUGUGUGCCGAGACGCUGCGUCAGAACUGCUACCGGGGCCGGAUCGUCAUGGUGACCAAAGACACGCUGCCCCCUUUUGACAAGCCCAAACUGAGUAAGGCUAUGAAUGUUGACAGAAACGGCAUCGUCCUCCGCUCUCCCGAAUUUUUCCAACAAUACGGCAUUGAAGUACGGACGGAGAAAGAGGCGGCGAGCGUAAACACGCAAGAUAAAGCCGUGACGAUGAAGGACGGCGGAGUGCAACGUUACGACCGGCUUCUUAUCUCCACGGGCUGCAGGGCGAAGCCGCUGAGUUGCCCCGGGAGUGACCUGACGGGGGUGAAGUUACUGCAGAGCUACGAAGAUGCCAAAGACAUCGACGCGUCCUGCCUGGGCCGCAAGGCCGUUGUCGUUGGAACCUCCUUCAUAGGUAUGGAAGUGGCCUCCUAUCUAGUCACAAAGGCUUGCAGUGUUUCCAUAGUUGGAACCAGCAAAUACCCGUAUGAACGCUCCCUGGGGCCCGAGAUUGGCAAAAUGACCAUGCGAAUGUUGGAAGAGCAGAACGUGAAGUUCUACAUGAAUGACGGCGUCGCCGAGAUCAGAGGAGAAAACGGCUCGGUGAGGGAGGUCUUGCUGAAGAGUGGCAAAAUUCUGGAGGCUGACGUGCUGAUUGCAGGAAUAGGUGUGAUCCCCAAUUCUGACUUCCUAGCAGGGAGUGAAGUUGAAGUAGAUUCCAAAAAAGCAGUCGUCGUUGACAAGUUCAUGAGGACCAAUGUCGGGGACGUUUUCAGCGCCGGAGACGUCACCUCCUUCCCGUUGACCAUUCGAGGUGACCAACGGGUCAGUGUGGGUCACUGGCAAAUGUCACAAGCUCAGGGAAGAGUCGCUGCCCUCAAUAUGCUGAAUAUACCGACCAAAAUCGAAUCUGUUCCUUUCUUCUGGACGGCGUUGCUCGGAAAGAGUAUCAGAUACGCAGGGUAUGGGGAGGGCUACACAGAAGUUGUAUUCAAAGGAAAAGUGGAGGACAGGAAGUUCCUGGCGUUUUACAUUAAAGACGACACGGUGGUGGCGGCGGCCAGCCUCAUGUUUGAUCCCGCCGUAGCUCAGCUGGCGGAACUGAUGGCGGCGGGCCGGCGCGUUACAAAAGCGCAGACUCAAGCCGAAGACCUGAGCUGGCUCCAGAUGUAAAACGUCGGACUUGCAACUCAGCGGCGAAGGACACAAGCCGCCUUCUGUUUGGUCCCAUCCGCCUCGCCAACGCCGCCUCGGGCAUUCUGAAGGCUUGUCGUCGUCUACCCUGUCCUUACUUGACUUUACAAAUUGUUCGCAUGACACCUGCGACGUCAAAAUGGAUCGACACGUUGAGUAUUUUGGUCCUCGUCAAUCUCCUUCAUCCAUCAGACGGAAUGAUAUUCACAGCCACUUCGUUCACAUCACGUAAGCUCCAAAGCGCUUCGAGAAGAUGCAGCGGUUCCGUUGUGCUCGCUGCAAAAAGAUCGCAUGCAAAACGUAAAAAAUGCAAGAAACCUCGUUGAAGCAGAACAACCUUGUUUACAUUUGUUGUAGCUCAGCGUAAAUUGCCAAUUGUUUUACUUAUUUAUUUGAACAUAAAAUGUCGCUAAUACUCAGGUGGAAAAACACUCAAUAGAAAAUGUGCGCUCUCAGAUGAUGCAUGACGGAUACUCUUUAGUUCUUCAUUUCUGUUUUUUUUUGUGCACUCCACCGUCAUCGUCAUGUUUCUGUGUUUUCAUAUGCAUCUUUAUAUUUAAAUUCAAAUAAAAUGUUCCACUGUUUUGUAGUUCCAUCAGGUCAUAAAUAAUCAGUUAUUAGCAAUGUAUGGUUUAAUUUAAAUCUUUCCUAUGGUACACAAUUUAUAAAUAUGUAUGGAAAGAUUGUCUAUACCAUAAAUAAUCUUCCCAAAAUGGAUUAACAAACCAAUAGCUGUUUUUGUUUUCUAUUUAGUUACAUGUGCAUUGUUUCUUUACAUUUACUGUCCUUAAUCAUGGUGUGAGCAUUAAAAAAAACUGCUUUUA